AGCUGACAAAACUGUUAAGUAGUCAAUGCUUUCACAAAUGCACCCAUAAUAAUUUUGAGCUUUUUUCCUAUUUUUCCCAAAGUCAAAGAUUUUGCUUCGUAAAUUAUCUAUGUUUAAAGACUGGUUAAUAACUUCUAGUGUGUUCAUAUGACCCUUGACUUCUGCGGAUGUGUUGUAAUAUAAAUAGCAGAAAGUCAAAUGUCCAAAGUAAAGCACAUCAUUUUCAAAUCUUAGAACAAUGCCAAAAGGAAUAGUUUGGUUAAUGACCAGGUGCUUGUACAUCUGGCUGGUUGCAUCGUCGCUUUCUAAAGCCUAUAGUGAUUAUGGGGACGAUCAUACAGGAACAGAUGAUGACGGUUAUCCCAGUUGGAUGGAAUAUUCCCACAAUAAUAAUGAUCCUUGCCUUUCAAACCCUUGCCAGAACCAGGGAAUCUGUGAAACAACUGCUUCAGGUUUCACCUGCCGAUGUCCUCGCCCAUUCAUCGGAAAAAGAUGCCAGAAUGUGAAUGAUCCUUGCAAGAAAAACAUGUGUAAGAAUGGAGAAUGCAUUAUCCAGUCCAACCCACCGUAUUAUAAGUGUAAAUGCAAGCACCCAUAUGUAUUACCUACAUGCAAAAAAGCAACUGCACCAUGUAAUCCUAAUCCGUGUAAACAUGGAGCCACAUGCAAAACUGGGAAGAAAAAAUCCUUCACUUGUAACUGCCCUGGAUCAUUCAGAGGAGAGCUUUGUGAAAUUGCACCAAAUGAAUGUUACCAGGCUAAUGGUGUGUCGUACAGAGGUCGUGUGAAACAGACGGAACAGGGGAAGAAGUGCCUUCACUGGAGCUCUAACUUGCUGCUCAAAGAAGCCAUUGGUACUCACAUGCAAACCCCCAGCAAAUAUGGCAUUGGUGAUCACAAUUAUUGCAGAAAUCCUGAUGGUGAUGAAAAACCUUGGUGCUAUUUUAAGGAGAAGAACAAUAAAUUAAAUUGGGAUCAUUGCAACAUAUCUCAAUGCGCUGCAGCAGCUGGAACACAACCCCAUCGGCCAGCAACAACCAGACCUGCUCCCCGAUCGACUACCGCUCCUUCCACAGCUGUACCCUUCCAGUGUGGAGUGCCGGAGGUCGGAAAUGUCACGUUCAAAAUCUUUGGAGGGAAAAGAACAGUACCUGGAAAAUAUCCGUGGCAAGUGUCUCUGCAGCUGAAGAAUCGUGUUGGACUCUAUAAACCAGGACAUCUAUGUGGUGGAGCAUUGAUCAAGCCAUGUUGGGUUCUCACUGCUGCACACUGCAUUUUUUCACAGGCACAACCUAAAGACUUCCGCUUACAACUUGGUAAACAAGACCUUCAGAGAGAUGAAACCCAUCAGCAAAUCUUUGAUGUUGAAAACAUCAUUGUCCAUGAUAAUUAUCAAGAGACCUCCGUGGGAUUAUAUAAUGAUAUUGCGUUGUUGAAGAUUAAACAAGUCAACGGUCAUUGUGCCAAGGAAACUAAAUACGUAAAAACUGUAUGCAUGCCAGACAGUGAUUUUCAGCCAGGCACAGAUUGCCAUAUUUCAGGAUGGGGACAAACUGAAACAGAGGCAGCUUCCAAUCAAUUGCUGCAUACAAAGGUGAAGCUGAUAUCUGACCAACACUGUAAGGACCCUCGGGCCUAUGGAAACGCUAUCAAUCACACCAUGUUUUGCGCAGGAAGUCUAGACGGAAGUGUGGAUUCAUGUCAGGGUGAUUCUGGAGGACCACUGACUUGUAUGAAAAAUGGCCGCCACCAGGUCUAUGGAAUCGUGAGCUGGGGGGAUCGCUGUGGAGUGAAGUAUAAACCUGGGGUUUAUGUACGCCUCACCGCGUUCCUUAAGUGGAUUAAAGCACGAGCUACCUAAGUUUCAUAAUACUAGUGAUUAUUGUGAAACCCAAAAAAGAAGUUUGACAUUGGUAUUUAAAUAUACAUUAUUCCUGGAGAAACUGCAUUAAGGACGUUAAAAUGUGUCAUUACCACAAUGACAAUAAGAUCACUUCCACCAUAUUAAUACCAAUUCAGCUUUUGAUUAUUAUUAAUUAUGUAUGCCUGUAAUAUUGUUCAUUAUUAUGAAGUAUAACUGUAAUCCUCUUUUUUGUGAUUGCAUUUGUAAAGUGCCUUUAAUUUUGACCUACCAUUUUGAUCUACAACACUCACAAAGCUUGUCAUGUUAUUUCAUAUUUUAAUAAACAAAUCAGAACUACACUUUCUUACAUACAA